AUGUCUAACAAACCUAUCUAUGUGGCUGCGCAUCCGCGCGCUUGCUCUACUGCAUUUGAGCGGGUCUUUAUGACUCAACGUGCUACAAUUCAGUGCGUUCAUGAACCUUUCGGAGAUGCUUGGUACUACGGUCCUGAGCGUCUAGCCGAUCGGUUCGAAGAUGACGAACAAGGUCGUCUGGAUAGUGGUUUCAGCAACUCGACAUAUCGCACUGUGAUGGAUAGAUUGGAACGUGAAGGCUCAGAGGGAAAGCGAGUCUUCAUCAAGGACAUUGACGCCUACCUUCUUCCACCUGGAGGAAAGCCUGCAAGCAUUGCACCCUCAUUGCGACGCAUCAAGCGUGGUGUAGGCACCACAUCCUCAGAAGAUGACCACCACCCGGCCAACGGCGUCCACGCCAACGGCCACACAACCGCGACCAACGGUGCGAACGGCACCAAUGGCGCGGUAAGCAACGGCGUGUACACUAAUGGUUCAAGCCAAAACGGACACGCCGAGACCAACGGCCACAGUAAUGGCCACAGUAACGGUGUCAACGGGCCCAGUCUGACAAACGGACACGCCAACGGAUGCAAUGGUCAUCACCAUACCAACGGUACAGGCAAGUCCACUCCAUACCCAUAUAACACGCCAAAGGAACCAGGUAAUCCGACGGUAAUGCCACGAGAACUUCAAGAAAAGUUCCACUGGGCGUUCCUGAUCCGGGACCCGCAUCAUAGUAUCCCAUCAUACUACCGGUGCACCAUUGCCCCGUUGGAUAAGUUGACGGGAUUCCAUAACUUCGAUCCCAAGGAAGCGGGAUAUAGCGAGUUGAGACGUCACUUCGAUUAUCUGCUGAGGGAGGGACUUGUCGGACCACGAGUAGCUACUCGACCGGAUCUCUCGCCCGAGGUUGGAUCGGAAGCGGAUCGGGAGACGGUGCAUGAGGUUUGUAUGGUUGAUGCGGAUGAUAUGCUUGAUGCGCCGGCGCCGAUGAUUGAGGCCUUUUGUCGUAGUACCGGUGUGCCGUAUACACCUUCUAUGUUGGAGUGGGAUACGGAUGAGGAUUAUGCGUUUGCGUGUGAGGCGUUUGAGAAAUGGAGAGGGUUCCAUAAUGAUGCUAUUGAGUCGAAGGGCUUGACUGCACGAGCUCAUAAACAUGCUCCCAAGACCGAGGAGCAGUGGGAUGCUGCCUGGCUGGAGAGGUAUGGCUCCAAGGGAGCUGCUCUAAUCCGUCAGACCGUCAACGAGACCAUGGACGACUACCUAUACCUGAAGCAGUUUGCCAUGAAGGUCUAG